AUGUCAGACGCCAAUGCGCUGAUCCAGGACGACCCUGCACCCGACGCGAGCCCGCAGCCGUUCGGGCCUUUCCUCACUCCUUCCGGCGGUCUACGCGCCGAAUGCCUCGAAGCGGCGACACGAACGACCAUUCAGCCUCAUCUCGUCUACGACCCGGACGGCGGAGACCCGACCGCCCGUUCGUUCGCUCUUUGUAUCGCACCGCCGGCGACCCUCCCGCUCCCAACCCACGUCCUGCACCUCACCUUCUCCGCCUGCGGCGAGACACUCCUUCUCCCCAUCCACCAGACCAUCUGGGCCAUCAAGACCCGCCUCUUCGCGCGACCCGACUCUCCCCUCCCUCCGCCUCCUCCGCCUUGGCCGCCUCCCUCGCGCCGAAACCUCAUCUCCCUCCCUAUCGUCCGCUUCUCCGUCCCGUUCAAGACGGUCUGGUCGAUCCUGUACGAAUACGUCCACACGGGGUCGACAGCAGCCGUCUUGGCCGACCUCCUGGCGCACCAAGUCCCGCCCUCGCCUCUCUCGUCCGAACCGCCAGAAGUCCAGCAGUACCAGAUGGGCGCGCUCAUUGCGAAACUCGAGCGCAUACGCAGGUUGUGGCACGAUGCGGUCGCGCUCGGGGCGGAGAACGAGGAGCUGUGGGAGGCGCUGGCGAGGGCUUGGGGGGUCUUGUUGGCGGAACUGACGGAGAAGCUGGAGGAGCCUGUAUGA